AUGUCCUUCAGUGAUGCUGUUAGCAACACACAAAGAGAUUUGUUGAAAGAGAAGCUCGAUCAGCUUCAGUGUCACUUCACGUGGGGCCCUCAGAAGGGAACCAUUGACUUGAAAGAUGAGAUGUCCAGAUUGCAAGAUGCUAGAAAUCUCAUUGGUCAUUUUGAAGAAGCCAUUCAAAAUUUAAAGGAAGCGGAUAAGAUUCUGAGGGAGGACUACAAAGAUAGAUUUAAAAGAAUAAGCAUCAUCACCUAUGGAAACUUUGCCUGGGUGCAUUACCACAUGGGACAACUGACCGAGGCCCAGUCCUAUCUCGACAAGCUGGAGAUGAUCUGUAAACUGCUCAGUGAUGGCCCUCGCUAUACAGCAAUGAUACCCGAGGUGUACGGGGAGAAGGGAUGGUCAUUGAUGAGCUCUGCUGCUGAAUACUAUGAGGAGGCAAAGGAAUGCUUUUCAAAGGCUCUGGAGCAAGACCCUGACAACACUGAGUGGAUAAUGGGAUAUGCAACUGCACUGUCUCGGCUGGAAGCAUUUUCUGGAACCCCAGAGAGUCGUGAUCAGAGUCAGUCAGUGAAGUAUUUCAGACGAGUACUGGAGCUUGAUCCAGAUGAUACUGUGGCCAUGGUGCUGUUGGCUCUAAAACUGCAGAGGUUAGGGCAAAAUGAGGAAGCAAAUGAAUUAGUUGAACAAGCAUUGCUAAAGACCUCUGAUCUUCCAUAUGUGCUUUGCUAUGCUGCAAAAUAUUAUAGACCAAGGGGAUAUGUGGAGAAAGCAAUCGAGCCCUUGAAACCAGCAUUAGAAUUAACUCCACAGCCUUGUUUCUUACACCACCAACUUGGAUUGUACAACAGAAACAUUGAGUCUGAGUACUGGUGGCUGUCUGGGGAAAAACACCACUUCUCUGUACCGAGAUCUGGAGCUAUGCUCAGGCUGCUGGCAAAGAAACGAAAGUCUGCAAUAGUGGGAGAGCUCAACGUCCGCAACACACCGGGAGAUUUAUUGAAAGAGAAGCUCGAUCAGCUGCAGUGUCACUUCACAUGGAGGCCACAGAAGGAAACUAUUGACUUUGAAGAUAUGUUGGUCAGAUUGGAAGAUUCUCUGACAUCAAGUUUAAAACCUACUACUGCCUUCUACAACCAACUUGCAUUUGCAUACUGUCUGCAGGGUCAUUUUGAAGAAGCCAUUGAAAAAUUAAAGAAAGCUGAAAAGAUUCUGAGGGAGGAGUACCAAAAUGAAUUUGAAAGAAGAAGCAUCAUCACCUAUGGAAACUUUGCCUGGGUGCAUUACCACAUGGGACAACUGACCAAGGUCCAGUCCUAUCUCGACAAGCUGGAGAUGAUCUGUAAACCGCUCAGUGAUGGCCCUCGCUAUACAGCAAUGAUACCCGAGGUGUACGGGGAGAAGGGAUGGUCAUUGUUAACUUUUGGUUCUGAAUUCUAUAAGGAGGCAAAGGAAUGCUUUGCAAAGGCUCUGGAGCAAGAUCCUGACAACACUGAGUGGACAACAGGAUAUUCGACUGCAUCUGAAAACAUCUGA